UUCGGAACCACUUGACUACGACAGACGUUCGGCGCUUAGAAUAUAAUGGAGCAAGUGGAAAAAGCUACGGUAACAGAAGCUGCUACCCCUACGCACUGUGAUGCCGCCUACGUAGAGAAAGCUUUGCAGGUGGCGUACAAAAGUGAAAGCUUGCGUUUGGAAACUUUGCAAAGUGAGCCCAUUACGCAGUGUGGCGAAAACUUUUGCAGCGUCAUCUACCGACUAAAGGUUGCAUAUCGUAAAUGCGAAAAUUCACCGAUAGAGCAUGACAAUCUGAUUUUGAAAGAUCUGCUGCCAAUUGUCGCCGCCGUCGGCUCCAACGAGAAGCUGAUGUUUGAGCGAAUAUUGCCCGAAAUGGGGCAGAUAUUGGAGAAGGCCGCGUCGACGUUGAGCGAGCGAAAGCUGAGCGCCAAUUGCUUGUUUGCGGAGCGUGAGGCAUCCAAGGAAAUCUAUUUACUGGAGGAUCUGGGCGCAUUGGGUUAUGCGUUGUUCGAUCGUCAAACGGGGUUGUCCCUGGAGGAUGCUCUGAUAUGCAUGCAGAAAAUGGGACAAUUUCAUGGCGCCUCCAUGAUGCUGAUGGAGGAACAGCCACAGCUGGUGGCACAAUUGGCGCCCUCACAUUAUGCGGAUGGUAUAAGUGAUCCUUUUGCCACUGUCAUUGUUGUGGGUGGCACGGAUUAUGCGGCAGGUGUUGUGGCCAAAAUGCCCGGCAUGGCUGACAUAGCAGCCAAAAUGAAAGCCCAAUUACCAGAUGAAUAUGCGAGACGCAUUCGUUCUAUAGUUGAUCCCAAAAAUAGCGCAAUUUCAGUAAUUGUCCAUGGUGAUCUGUGGGUAAACAACAUGAUGGUUAAUGCUGAACAGAAGAAGUCUAUAAUUGUGGAUUUCCAAAACUGUUUCAUUGGCAGCCCGGCCGUCGAUCUGCAUUUCUUUUUCUAUACCAGUCUCCAGUUGGAGGUGCUGUUGCACAAACAGGAACAGUUGUUGCAGAAAUAUUACCAAAGCCUUUGCGAGACGCUAACUGCCUGUAAAUAUCGAGGAUGCCUGCCAAGCUAUGCCCAACUGACUGAUGAAAUGCAGAGAUGUCUAUUCUACGGGUAUUAUGGCGUUGCCUGUGAGCUGCCCAUUUGUUGUGCCGCCAACGAGGCGUCUGUGGAUUUCACUGUCGACACAUUCAUCAGUGCCGAGGCAUUGCUGGAGAAACGACAUCAGCUCUUUGCCAGUGAACGAGUUCGGCAGACCCUACAGGCCACCUUGGGACACUUUGAUCAGCAAGGCGUACUAAAUAUUCAGGAAUAGAUACAGGUCACUGAUAAACCUGAUAGUCGAUGUUAAAAGUGUGGAAUGUAAUUCCACCAAAAUAUCUGUAAACAUUUCCCGCUCCUUAUGUUAUUAUAUUUUGAAUGGCACUUGA